ACACACCCAUGUCACAGUCCUAAUCUCCUCUCCCUUCUCCCACUUCUUACUUCCCUCCUCUCACCUACUUCAUCAAACUUACCCAAUAUUGUAUAUAUCCAACAAUGAUGAAGCAGAGUCGCAUAUCCCAGUAUUUCCAAAAGGAGAGCCAAGACGCGUAUUAUGACUCGAGGACAGCGCAACUAGGUGGGGACGCCCUCGAUCCGCGUAUCGACCCUGGCGCACGAAGAGUGUCUAGCUCGUUAAGGGCUGGCCAGGCAUCACCCUACUCUGGCUCUGCCCGACUUCCGCGGUCCGUAGGCCAAUCCCCGGCUCUCUCGCCCCGCGACCCUGUUUCCCGCUCUUAUGCUCCUUCUCCCCGCCCAAACCCACGCUCCGAAGUCCGCGACCUCAGGUGCGCACUGGCAGAGGAUACGCUGAACAUCCUGCGUACUGGGGUCGUGCGCGUGCUUUUGCAGGACAAAGAGGGAGGCGGAGAACAGGAGUACAUGAUCCGUGCUGCUGUGGACGCUUCGGUGGGAGCGACCGAAUUUCUUGCAGAUGACGACCCGUUGCUGCAGAACUGGGAGGAGCUGUCGCUUGACGCUGACGAGCAGGAGGACACCGUCAGCGGGGAGGACGGCGACAGUUCCCUCGCGCUCCAACUGCGCCUCCCAACCAACUUUGGCAUCUUCAACCGCACGACGCUCUCCGCUGCUCGCGAACUGCGCAAGCAGCACCCGAGCCGCCUGAGCAGGAUCGGCGUGCUCAAUUUUGCCAGUGCGACCAAGCCUGGCGGGGGUUUCCUGAACGGCGCUGAGGCGCAGGAAGAGAGCCUUGCGCGCAGUUCGGCGUUAUACGAGAGCCUUAUGAGUCCCCAGGGACAGAAGUUCUACGAGCUCCACAAGAGCGUCCGCACGGAUGGAUUCUACACGCAUGCGAUGAUCUACUCCCCUGGCGUCGUCGUCUUCCGGGACGAUGACGGUGUCACCAUCGAGCCCUACACAGUGGACAUGGUCACUUCGCCCGCUGUGAACGCAGGGGUCGUACGCCAGAAACUCGAUUUGGAAGAAGUAGAACGGCUAAUUGAGCGGGAGAUGACCGAGCGCAUGGCCCGUAUCCUCUGGCUCUUCCGGGCCAAAGGCUGCCGACACCUCGUUCUGGGUAGCUUUGGCACCGGCGUGUUCCAGAACAACAUCAGCAUGGUGGCGAGCACGUGGGCGGAGCUCCUUGCACUCCCGCACUCCAAGUUCUUUGCCGUGUUCGAGAGAGUCGAGUUUGCAGUGUUGGGGAAUGCGACGUUUGACGAGUUUAGGGCGGCUUUUGAGGCCAAGUUGAUGGAUUUGCAGCCGAAGUAGCGGGUGGCUGAGGGCGUAUGGGUUGGGGCGCGACUUUGGACAGAGAGAAAGUAUCUCUUGAAAGGCGGUGUAUAAGAUGAAGACAAGAUUGUAUGUUGCACUUGUAUACCAUGCCCAUGUAUACAUGG